GUUUUCGCGCCAAUUGCACCACGGUGCAUUGUGGGAAUUGAAGGACCGGUGGUCUGUUUGUGGUGUCUCGACUGCUUUGUUGACAUAGAUAGCUAUAUAUUUUAAUUUCUCUGCCACUGUAACUUAGAUUUACAAAUGCGGGGAGACGAGUCAGAUUCCGACUCCGGGCGGACGGACGAGAGUUCCGUCCGAAAGAGCUUGGAAAUGCUUUGUCAGGAGCUGAAUAUGGACGAACAGACGGCAUCUGAAGCAAUGCAAAACUUCAAGUCGAUUUGGAAUACAUACACACUGGAGGGGGAAGUAGUACAUUGGCUAGCCUGCUCUCUCUAUGCAGCCUGCAGAAAGGGCUCCACACCCACUGUGGGUAAGGGGGUGAUGGAAGGCAACUGUGUGUCCCUGACUCGAAUACUCAGGACGUCGAAACUGAGUUUGAUUCAGUUCUUCAACAAGAUGAAGAAAUGGUCGGAUAUGUCCAACUUAUCUCAGGAAUUUCGGAAUCGCAUGGGCCGCCUGGAGAGAACCUUUGAAGUGUCAACUGUGAUCUUUCGGAAGUUUGAGCCCAUAUUCAUGGACAUGUUCCAGGAUCCUCAAGGGGAGCCCCCACGACAGCCUAGAAGCAGAAAACACAGGCGCCUGCCCUGUCACGUCAGCGAUGUAUUCAAAUUCUGCUGGACCCUGUUUGUGUACACUAAAGGAAAUUUCCGUAUGAUUGGCGAUGACUUGGUGAACUCAUACCACCUCCUGCUCUGCUGCUUGGACUUGGUGUUUGGAAAUGCCCUGCUAUGCUCCAACAGGAAAGACCUUGUCAACCCACUUUUCAAAGGCUUGCCCAGCAUCUUCAGGUUGGAAAACAACACCCCGGACGAGCCGCCAUGUGUCAUCGAUCGGCUGUGUGAGCUACACGACGGCUUGGUGGUGGAGGCCAAGGGCAUCAAGGAGCACUACUUCAAGCCCUACAUUAAAAGGCUCUUUGAGCGGCAGAUACUUAAAGGGAAUGAAGAGCUGCUCACAGAUCUCCUGGAUACACCAAACUUCAUAGAUAACAAUAAAGCGAUAAACCGGGAGUAUGAGGAGUAUGUGCUGACUGUUGGGGACUUUGACGAGAGGGUGUUCCUGGGGGCGGAUGCCGAUGAGGAGAUCGGGACACCCAGGAAGGCUGCACCAGAACCCCGGGCCUGCCAGCUGUCAGCCCGCAUGCAGGUGGAGAGCAACCUGCAACAGCACUUUGAGAAGAAGCGCACCCUGGCCCCCUCCACUCCUCUGACAGGCAGGCGUUACCUGAAGGAGAAGGAGCUACUGGUGACCCCUGUGUCCUCGGCCACGCAAAGCGUCAGCCGACUCCAGAGUAUGGUCUCGGGCCUGCGUAGCGCCCCCAGCGAGGCCCUGAUGCAGAUAUUCAAGUCAUGUUCGCGGGACCCCAUCGUAGCCAUUCUGAGCAGAGUGAAAACCCUGGGCGAGACGUUCAAGCAACAUUACACAAAGGACUCAGAGGAGCUGCCUGGAUCACACAUGGAUUUUGCUGAGAACAGGAUGAAGCUGGCUGAAAUCCUCUAUUACAAGAUCCUCGAGAACGUCAUGGCCCAAGAGACAAGGAGGCUACACGGCAAAGACAUGGCUGUGCUGCUGGAGCAGGACAUCUUCCACUGCUCUCUGAUGGCCUGCUGUCUGGAGGUGGUGCUGUUUGCCUACAGCUCCCAGCGCACCUUCCCCUGGAUCAUCAGCGUCUUCAAACUACGACCGUUCUACUUCUUCAAGGUGAUUGAGGUGUUCAUCCGCUCGGAAGAGGGUCUGUCCCGGGACAUGGUGAAGCACCUGAACUCCAUCGAAGAGCAGGUGCUGGAGUGCCGGGCCUGGACAGCAGACUCUGUGCUGUGGGAGGCCCUGGAGCAGGCGCACAACAAGGUCCCCACCGUGGAGGAGGUGAACUUCCCCAGUAGUUUUGACACGGGGAACAACAGUGCUGGUCCCUCCCACCUCCCUCUGGUGGCCCUCUCCCCCAUCAUCCACCCCCGCAUCCGCGAGUUUAGGAUGGGCCUGAGCAGCGCACGCAAAGAUAUUCCUCCGUCGCCCUUAUCCGUCCAUGAUCGUUACAGCUCCCCGGCGGCGGGCAGUGCUAAGCGGCGUCUGUUUGGGGACGACAGCAGCAGCCAGGCCCAGCAGUCUCCGUCCCUUGCCAAGAGGCUCAUGUUCACACCCGGCGGGACGCUGAAGAUCGACACUCCCACCAUACUCAAUAUGACCACAGCCAACGGCCAGCAGCUCAGCAUCCCACUGCAAGGUAUAAAGAAUGAUCUGGGAGGCAUCACACUGAUCCAGGUGCAGACCAGAGGGGAGCCCGGCAGUCCCAUUACAGCCCAGGUCCUCUUGACAGCCUCCCCCAGCCGGCCCAUUCCGGCACCCCAGGCCCAGCCAGACCCCCAACAGAGCCGGCCCCGACGCACCGGCUCCUUGGCCCUCUUCUUCAGGAAGGUGUACCACCUGGCCAGUGUGCGGUUGAGAGACCUGUGCGUGAGGCUGGACAUCUCGGCAGAGCUGCGGGGCAAGAUCUGGACUUGCUUUGAGCACUCCAUCGUUCAGUGUCCGGAGCUGAUGAAAGACAGACACCUGGACCAGCUCCUCCUUUGCGCCAUCUACAUAAUCUCUAAGAUUACGAAAGAAGGCCACACAUUCCAGGACAUCAUGAAAUGUUACCGCAGUCAACCACAAGCCAGCAGUCAUGUCUACCGCAGUGUCCUCAUCCGGCCCAGCAGCACCAGAGAACAGCCCUCAGACGAGAACAUGGAAGUGGACCCCACCUCUGGUGGAAAAUCCUUAAUUUCAGCUGCUGACAAAGCUGACCAGAGCAGCAGAGAGGAGGCUCUUGUCCAAGGCGAGGAGCGCGGCGACCUCAUCCAGUUCUACAACUCCGUCUAUGUGCUGAAGAUUAAGGGCUUUGCCCUUCGAUACGCCGCCCCCAGCAUGGACAACAGGGUAUGGAAUGAGAUGGAGGCCCCUCCUCUGUCCCCGUUCCCCUCGAUGAGAGCCCAGCCCCUGUCCCCCCGCCGCAUCUCCCAGAGACACUCGAUCUACGUGUCCCCACACAAGAACGGCUCCUGUCUCACCCCCAACUCUGCCUACACCUACAAGAUCAACGGCAGCCCCUCCAAAGAACUGACUGACAUCAACCGGAUGAUCCGACAGGGCGGGGUGAGCAGGAAAAGGGCCUUUUCCAUGGAAGGCGACUACUUGGGCGAGUCCCCCACCAAACGGGUGUGUCCCGAGAGUGAGGAUGUGCUGCUCAAACGGCUGCAGGACGUGGUUAGCGAGAGAGCCCACCACUGAGAACCCCACCCUGAAACUCAAUCUCCUUUUAAGAACCCCACAUUCCAGUGCCAACAACUCAUUAAUGUCCUCUGCAAGUGCUUACCCUACUUACAGCUUGAGUCUAUCUUUUUCUGGUCAUUUUUUUGUCUUCAGAUGUGAUUUCAAAGUGAAGGACAAAGGUUGGUGAUGAACCAAAACCUGCGUUGCUUUUAAAUUGUCCAUGGCCUUCAAGACUGUGACAAAAAUAGGCUUUUGCUGCUGAAUUUGUAUAUCAUAAAUGAUCCUCUGGCCCUCUAUUGCAUUGUAAAGUAUGUAGGCGGUAUCAUAGCAGAAAGGGCUUGUUUCUAUAUGAAAUAUGGCAGUUGACUUUUUUUUCCUUCAUGCUGCUAAUUAAGGCAGCAUUUGUGUAGUAUCUACACUUUUUAUUUGGUCUUAUUUUAAGGGAAAUUUCUGAGUUAUGAUCAGUGGUGCUAUUUUUGAUAAAAUAUAAAUAGUUUUUAAUCUUAACUCAACCGCAACAUCUUACAGUAAGUCUAAACAUCAACUCCAUACCAACAUGUCUGGUAUUGCACAAUUACUUGCUUGAUCCUUGAUGUAGUAGGUGCUCAAAUUUGAUGGGUUUCUUAUCAGGAGUUAAAAAUCCAAAGGUUACAACAACCGCAUUUAGUAAAUGAGCCUCAUUAUGUCAUACAGUGCAUUUGGAAAGUAUUCAGACCCCUUGACUUUUUCCAUGUUUUGUUACGUUAAAGCCUUAUUCUUAAAUUUAUAUUUUCCUCAAUCUACACGCCAUACCCCAUAAUGACAAUGCAAAAACAGGUUCUUAGAAAUGUUUGCAAAUGUAUUAAAAAAUAAAAAACGAUCACAUUUAAAUAAGUAUUCAGACCCUUUUACUCAGUACUUUGUUGAAGCACCUUUUGCAACGAUUACAACCUCGACUCUUCUUGGGUAUGACGCUACAUUCUCUGCAGAUCCUCUCAAGCUCUGUCAGGUAGGAUGGGGAGCGUCGCUGCACAGCUAUUUUCAGGUCUCCAGAGAUGUUUGAUCGGUUUCUAGUCCGGGCCCUGGCUGGACCACUCAAGGACACCCAGAGACUUGUCCCGAAGCCAAGUCUUGGCUGUGUGCUUAGGGUUGUUAUCCUAUUGGAAGGUGAACCUUUGCCCCAGUCUGAUGUCUUGAGGGCUCUGGAGCAGGUUUUCAUCAAGGCUCUCUGUACUUUGCUCCGUUCAUCUUUCCCUCGAUCCUGACUUCUCUCAGUCCAUGCCGCUGAAGAACAUCCCCACGGGAUGAUGCUGCCACCACCAUGCUUCAACCUAGGGAUGGUGCCAGGUUUCCUCCAGACGUGAUGCUUGGCAUUCAGGCCAAAGAGUUCAAUCUUGGUUUCAUCAGACCAGAGCAUCUUGUUUCUCAUGGUCUGAGAGUCCUUUAGGUGCCUUUUUGGCUAACUUCAAGCAGGCUGUCGUGCCUUUUACUGAGGGGUGACUUCCGUCUGGCCACUCUACCAUAAAGACCUGAUUGGUGGAGUGCUGCAGAGAUGGUAGAACCUUCCAAAAGGACAACCAUCUCCACAGUAACUCUGACAGGGCUCCAGAGUUUCCCUAUCGGGCUGUUGGUCACUUCCCUGUCUAAGGCACUUCUCCCCUUAUUGCUCAGUUUGGCCGGGCAAUUGCCUUCUAGGAAGAGUCUUGGUGGUUCCAAACUUCUUCCAUUUAAGAAUUGAGGCCACUGUGUUCUUGAGGACCUUCAAUGCUGCAGAAAUAUUUUGUUGCCCUUCUCCAGAUCUGUGCCCUGACUCAAUCCUGUUUAGGAGCUCUACGGACAAUUCCUUUGACUUCAUGGGUUGGUUUUUGCUCUGGCAUGCACUGUCAACUGUGGGACCUUCAUUUAGACAGGUGUGUGCCGUUCCAAAUCAAUUUACCACAGGUGGACUCCAGUCAAGUUGUAGAAACAUCAAGGAUGAUCAAUGGAAACAGGAUGCACCUGAGGCCAAUUUCGAGUCUCAUAGCAAAGGGACUGAAUGCUUGCGUAAGUAAGGUAUGUUUUUUAUACAUUUGCACAAAAAAUGGUAAACCCGUUUUGGCUUUGUCGUGGAGUAUUGUGUAGAUUUAUUAUUCUUUUUUUAGUCCAUUUUAGAUUAAGGCUGUAACAAAAUGUGGAAAAAGUCAAUGGGUCUGAAUACUUUCCGAAUGCACCAUAUGUGCCCGCAUUGUCUUUUGUGUUAAAUAUUAUGUUGAAGUAAUCUUUUGUAAUGAUGUGACACUGUCAAACUUUAUCAGUGUUUUAUGAAAUUAGUGUUUUACUGGUGAUGAUGAUUGGUCACAUAUUAAUGAUAUUUUCCUAACUAUUGUAUUAGCACUGUUGUACAAUAAAAGGUUGAUAUCA